UGAGCCCGUAGUACACUCCGACUUGAAAAUGUCGGUUGUCCACGUGAGUAGAAGCCGGCUCUAUUCACGAAAUCUUUUUGGAACUCAGUAUCGCAGUGGACGUUUUGAUCGGUUGCGUGCAACCUGUAUCGCGAGACAUGAAUCAACUGUCCAUGCAACUUUGUCUUCAGGGAAGAAACUCGAAUUUCAAUCGGGAAAAUUGGCUCGAUUCGCUGAUGGUAGUGCAGUUGCCUCCUUGGGAGAAACCUCUGUUUUGGUGACGGCUGUAAGUAAAGCCAAAAGCACACCAACAGCAUCAUUCCUGCCCCUCACAGUAGACUACCGACAAAAAGCAGCUGCAGCAGGCAGAAUACCCACAAAUUUUCUCAGAAGAGAACUCGGAACUUCGGAAAGAGAAAUCCUUACUAGUCGCAUGAUUGACAGAUCUCUGAGACCUCUUUUCCCGGAAGGUUACUUUUAUGAAACUCAAGUUGUUUGCAAUUUACUUUCUGUGGAUGGAGUCAAUGAUCCAGAGGUACUAAGCAUCAAUGCAGCCUCUGCAGCACUUGCUGUCUCUGACAUUCCUUGGAAUGGCCCAGUUGCAGCAGUUCGGGUAGGGCUUAUAGACAAUGAAGUAAUUGUCAAUCCCACAAGGAGAGAAAUGGCCAAGAGCCAGUUAAAUUUGGUUGUUAGUGCUACUCUUCAGAACCUUGUUGUUAUGCUAGAGGCCUCAGCUGAAAAUGUUUAUCAGCAAGACUUUCUGAAAGCCAUAAAGAUGGGAGUCAAAGAAUGCCAAACCAUAGCCAGAACCGUCGAAACGUUACGGAAAGAAGCAGGAAAACCCAAAAGAGAAUACGUCACCCUGCAGUCUGGCUCAGAAGAGUUACUAUCGGCAGUUAAAUUGAUGAGCGAAAAUCGAUUACGUGCUAUUCUACGCGAUUUUAGUCAUGAUAAGAUAUCGCGUGACGUUGCAAUUUCCACCGUUCGGAAUGAUGUCAUGGAAAAACUGAAGACCAACUUUCCCGAAACGGACGCUAUGAUCAUAAGCGAAUCGUUUAACAAAUUUUUCAAAGAAUUAUUCCGAAAACUCGUUCUAGACGAAGAAAUCAGGUGCGACGGGAGAAAAUUAACCGAUAUUCGUAAAAUUUCAUGCGAUGUCGAUUUGUAUCGACCUCUCCAUGGAUCGGCGCUCUUCCAACGUGGCCAAACUCAAGUUGUUUGCACCGUAGCUUUCGAUUCUCCUGAAUCAGCCUUAAAAUCCGAUCCAGUUUCAAUACUUAUGGGCGGAUUGAAAGCCAAAAAUUUCUUUCUUCACUAUGAAUUUCCGCCAUACGCCACUAACGAAACGGGUAAAGUUGGACCGGGUAGUAACGCCGGUCGUCGCGAGCUUGGCCAUGGAGCCUUGGCAGAAAAAGGCUUGAGACCUGUUGUGCCCAGUGACUAUCCAUUUACCAUCCGAUUAACUUCAGAGGUCUUGGAAUCGAACGGUUCAUCUUCAAUGGCCUCGGUUUGUGGAGGUUCGCUAGCUUUAAUGGACGCAGGCGUUCCCAUUUCUCAACCCGCAGCAGGCGUGGCGAUAGGACUAAUCAGCCGGACCAACCCGGAAACUCAACAGAUUGAGGACUAUCGCAUCCUCACAGAUCUCCUGGGCAUUGAGGAUUACCUGGGAGACAUGGAUUUCAAAUUAGCCGGCUCCAAAAAGGGCAUCACUGCCCUGCAAGCCGAUUUCAAGUUGCCUGGCGUACCAUUAAAGAUUAUCAUGGAGGCAGUGCAACAAGCUAGCGACGCAAAGUCUCAUAUUCUUGACAUCAUGGCCCAGACAAUCAGCAAACCGCGCAAAGACAAGAAAGAUAUCUGGCCAGUCUCCGAGAAACUGCAAGUAGAGGCCCACAAACGAGCAAAAUUUAUCGGCUUGGGCGGUGCGAAUUUGAAGAAAUUAACCGCUGAAGCAGGUGUUCAGAUUACUGCUAUCGACGAAUCGACCUACUCGAUCUUUGCACCCAAUCAGUCAGCAAUGGAAGAAGCCAAAGAGAUGAUAGAGCAAUUCUUGAAAGAGGAGAAAGAACCGGAACUGGAAUUCGGCGCCAUUUACAAAGCGCGCAUCGUCGAAAUGAAGGAAACGGGCGUGUUAGUCACCCUUUAUCCAACGAUGGUGCCUGCCCUUCUUCACAAUUCGCAGCUGGAUGUACGGAAAGUAGCUCACCCCUCUGCCCUCGGUCUUGAGGUAGGACAAGAAAUUUCCAUCAAAUACUUUGGCCGAGAUCCUGUCAGCGGCAGAAUGAGACUGUCGCGUAAAGUCCUCCAAUCGCCCGCCUCUGCCAUUGUAAAAAAUUUGAAUGGGACACCCUCGAGUAGUUAAAUGAAGCCAUUGUUUUUUAAAGAAUCCGUGUUAUACGGUUUGCCGAUAAAAAUAUCAGCUUUUCCUUUGAUCAAAGCUGCAAAAGUCUUUUGUCCGAAGACAAAAAACGCCAUUUUUUUUAGGAUUUACGAUUGAAUGUAAAUCAAAUACAAAUGAAUCGCUGAAGUUCGACCAUGGUUAUUAGGUUCAAAUGUUUUAAUUCAGUCGUAGUUUUUCUCGGGAAAUCAGUCGUGUUAUUUUGUGCUUUUGUCAUCAUCAACAGAAACUGAUGAAGGUCUUUGAUCUAGACCUCGUCACCUUACGAGUCAAGUGCAGUAGCAUUGGUAGAAAGAAAUCCUCGGUCGUAGAUACUUGAAAUGGUCACGAAUUGCGCAGUAGACAAUAUUUAUUUUGAAAAAUAAGUAUGUAUUGUUUGAACAUGAUGCAAUAUGUCUGUAAUUCACGU